AUGAACAAAUCUAAGCUCAUUGUCGUUAUUGGUGCAACAGGAGGCCAAGGUGGCUCUGUUGUUGAGACAUUCCUUCAAGACCCUACAUGGCUUGUUCGUGGCAUCACCCGCAACCCUUCAGGCCCAAGAGCAAAGACUCUUCAGUCCCGCGGUGUCGAUAUAGUACAAGCAGACUUGGACGACCCGGUGUCUCUCGUACAUGCUUUUCAAGAUGCCACUGUCAUCUUCGCCAUCAGUGACUUUUGGGGUAUCUACAGCGAAUCUGAUGACCCCGACAAACCAGAGCCUGGCUCGCUAUUUAACGAAUGGGUUAAACAAAAGGAAACCCAGCAACUCAAGAAUAUUAUCGACGAAGCCGCCAGACUCACGAGCCUAGAAAGAUUCGUUGUCUCAUCACUGCCAAAUGUGACCAAAUUGACAGGCGGAAAGUACACCAAUGUCUGUCAUUUUGACUCAAAGGCCAACGCAGUUGAAUACGGUGAACAACACCAGCCAGAUCUUUGGUCCAAGACGAGUGUUUUCCUUCCAGGCUUCUUUUUGAGUAAUUUCCUUGACCAUCCAAUGGCACAACCUACAAAGGGAAAUAAUGGUCGAGUACAAUUUUCAACAAACUUGGAUCUCGACAAAAAACUGCCAUUUAUUGCACACGAUCAAGACUCUGGACCAUUUGUUAAAUCCUUGGUUCAAAACGGCCCAAACAAGAGUGUUGUUGGAUACCGAGCAUGGCUGACACUCCAACAAUUUGUUGACAUAUUCAGCAACGUGACAGGAUAUGAGACAGAGAUAUUGAAAUUUCCACUUGGGCAGUUCACCUGGGACUGCGAGCCUGAGUUGAGAGACGAACUUCGUGAAACUUUUGCCUUUGUCAACGAGGUCGGGCUACACGGCGGUGACGACUCAGGAUAUAUUCAUCCUUGUACUCUUGAGACAUCUCCAGAUGUUCAAAGUAUUGAGGCUUGGAUCACUGAACAAAACUGGGAGAAAGUGCUGGGGUCAUGA